AUGUCCGUGCUCGAGGAACAAAUCGCCUUGUUCGAGGCAUAUCCGCCAGAGGAUAGAGCCGUCGACGAGGCUUUCAGCCGGCCACUUAUCAACUAUAUCGAAUCUCUCGAAGAUAUACACGACACGGUCGUCAAUAUCACGGAGAAACGCAGCCGAAACUUGUUCAAAGCAUUCACCAAAGUAAAGAUUGACAUGGGAGAGAUUCGUAAACUCAAUAGAGAUGUCGAAGAUCGCUAUAGACAGUUCAUGGGCACCAAAGAUAAUGUGGAGGUUAUGAAGGCCGACGUGGAAAUGACCAAGGCCAACCUGAAGGUUACAAAGGUCAACGUAGAAACAAACCUAUCCGACGUCGACACCGCUGCCAUCCUCCAGCUUCCAAUCGUAGCGUUCAUCGCUUCUUCGGUCCACAACGCCUGUCUUAAAGGAACGCGCGAGGCCGUUCUUGACAUGAUCUGGCACUGGGCCGACGACGAUACAUCGGACAAGCCGAUAUUUUGGAUCUGCGACAUUGCCGGUUCCGGCAAAUCCACAAUCGCAAUGUCCGCAGCGGAAAAGUGGAAGACAAAGGGGGUGCUAGGCGGACAAUUCUUCUUCUCCAUGGCAAGCAGCGAAGGAUCGAUCACCGACAAAUUUUGUUCGACCAUAGCAAGAGACCUUGUCCAUUACAUACCCCAGCUCGCGCCACACGUCGCCGGAGCCGUCAAGCAGAACCCUUCCAUCGUGCGAAGCUCCCUUGACGAGCAAUUCAAGACGCUCGUCGCUGGACCUCUCUAUCAUCGGCAAGGGCAUGUAAUCCUUGUCGUCGAUGCCCUCGACGAAUGCAAGUCUGUCUCACAGCAAAAGGAGCUUGUCGAAAUCCUCUCUGCGGCUGUUCAGGAAAGCAAAAACCUAAAGAUACUCAUGACAAGUCGGCCAGGCCCUGUCAUCGAAGAAGUCCUAGGAUCGCUCUCUAUCAAAGCCAAGAUAGAGGACCGCCUCCACGGCGUCAAUCAUCGCGAUACUGUCGAUGAACGAAUUGUCUCUACCUCGUACGAUGGGACAAUUCGACUAUGGGAUGCAGAAAAUGGUCAGCCGUUUGGGGGGCCGUUUGAGGAGCCACUUCGAGACCUCGAUGGCUUUCCCCUCGCGGCUCGAUUCUCUCCAGACGGCUUGGUCCUUGCUGUCGGAUUCUCUCCAGACGGCUCACAAAUUGUCUCUGGCUCGGAUGGCAAGACGAUUCGGCUGUGGGAUGCCGAGACUGGGCAACAAUUAGGGGAGCCACUUCGAGGUUACGAAGGCUCGGUCAGCGCUGUCGGAUUCUCUCCAGAUGGCUCACAAAUCGUCUCUGGCUCGUAUGGCAAGACGAUGCGACUAUGGUAUGCCAACUCUGGUCAGCCUCUGGGGGAGCCACUUCGAGGUCACGAAGGCUCGGUCUAUGCCGUCGGAUUCUCUCCAGAUGGCUUAAAAAUUGUCUCCAGCUCGUAUGGCAAGACGAUACGACUAUGGUAUGCCAACUCUGGUCAGCCUCUGGGGGAGCCACUUCGAGGUCACGAAGGCUCGGUCCACGCUGUUGGAUUCUCUCCAGACGGCUCACGAAUCAUAUCUAUCUCGGAACACGGGACUAUUCUAACAUGGGAUGUAAACUGGUGGAAGAGCGACUCAGACAUCCCUCACUGUCGCCCAGGCUACUGUCGCCCAGGCUGA